AUGGAUCUGAAGGAUCGUAGACACCGCUCCCUGACCAGGGGUCGCUGCUCCAAAGAGUCCCAGUACAACACCGCCUCCCUGGAUGCGGACGAGUGCCGCGUGCCCACCCAGAAGUCCUACAGCUCCAGCGAGACGCUCAAGGCCUUCGACCAUGAGCAGAGGCUGCACUAUGGCGGCUGUGUGACCGACCUGGUUCACCACGAGGCCGAUGAGUACUCCAGGCAAGGGGGUAACUUCACUCUGGCUGAGCUGGGAGUAUGUGAGCCAACACCCCCUCCGCACCCCGCCGCCGUUCCCUACUGCCCCGACCUGGGCCUCCUCCAGAGGGGGUACUCCCUCAGCGCCGGCUCCGACGCCGACUCGGACCCCGAGGGCCCGCUGUCUCCAGAGCGAGCCAUUCAGCUGUGGGCCGGACGAGGAGGGGUAAAGUCGCGCCGGAGCUCGGGAGUGUCCAGUCGCGAGAACUCGGCCCUCACCCUCACCGACUCAGAAAAUGACAAGUCUGACGACGAGUCAGGUCGCCCACUCCCUCCAACCUCUUCCUCCUCACUGCUCCCUCCGUCCCUUCCGUCCUCCUCGUCCGCCCCCCACCACCCCUCCCCCGGCCCGUCACCGCCGAUCAGAGAAUGCCAGGUGCCCCUGCUGGAGAAAAACUCCACCCACUCUCACCUGGAGCCCCACCCGGAUGAUACAUACAUGCUCCGUGCCCAGCCCUCCUCCGCGGGGGCCGCCAACCACCACAGUCAGACCACGCUACGGCCUCCACUGCCCCCUCCGCACAACCACCACACCUUAUCCCACCAGUCUGCCAACAGCCUGAACAGAAACACCCUGAGGGGCGGGCGCAACCCCAUUCACGCCCCUGCCCCGGGCACCGGAGACGGGCCGACCACCCCGGAGUCGGUCCAGCUGCAAGACAGCUGGGUCCUCAACAGCAACGUCCCGCUGGAGACCAGGCACUUCUUGUUCAAGACGUCGUCAGGGACCACCCCUCUCUUCAGUAGCUCCUCCCCCGGGUACCCCCUGACCUCGGGGACGGUGUACUCUCCGCCCCCUCGCCUGCUACCCAGAAACACCUUCUCCCGCUCAGCCUUCAAGCUUAAGAAGCCAUCCAAGUACUGCAGCUGGAAGUGUGCGGCGGUGACAGCCAUCGCAGCUGCUGCCCUGCUGGCCAUCCUACUGUCCUACUUCAUCGCGAUCAACUUGCUGGGUUUGACAUGGCAGCUGAAGCCAUCCGAAGGCCCUGUGUUGAACAACGGACUGGGAGCUGGCUUGCCUGUCAACAGCGACGUGGCCACGCUGCCCUCUGGAGGCAGAGGCCCGUGGGCAGGCCGGAACAGCAGUAUAGACACAGGCAACAUUGAGGUCGGGAGACGGGUGAGCCAAGAAGUCCCCCCAGGAGUUUUCUGGAGGUCCCUGCUCCACCUCGGCCAACCACAGUUCCUCAAGUUCAACAUCUCCCUCGGAAAGGAUGCCCUGUUCGGAGUGUACAUUCGCAAGGGGCUGCCUCCCUCACACGCACAGUAUGACUAUAUGGAGCGCCUGGAUGGGAAGGAGAAGUGGAGCGUGGUCGAGUCUCCACGGGAGAGGAGGAGCAUCCAAACUGUGGUCCUCAAUGAGGCGGUGUUUGUCCAGUACCUGGACGCUGGUGCCUGGCACCUGGCCUUCUACAACGACGGUCGGGAGAGAGAGACGGUUUCCUUCAGCACUAACGUCAUGGAUUCAGUGCAAGAGUGCCCGCGCAAUUGCCAUGGCAACGGAGAGUGUAAUUCUGGUGUGUGCCAUUGCUUCCCAGGAUUCCACGGCAUGGACUGCUCCAAAGCGGCCUGCCCGGUGCUGUGCAGUGGCAACGGCCAAUACGACAAGGGCUCCUGUGUGUGCUACAGCGGCUGGAAGGGACCCGAGUGCGACGUCCCCGUCACGCAGUGCAUCGACCCUCUUUGCAGCGGCCACGGCACCUGCACCGAUGGCAACUGCGUGUGCUCCAUCGGCUACAAAGGGCAGAGCUGUGCAGAGGUGGAUUGCCUGGAUCCGACGUGCUCCAACAAUGGAAUCUGUGUGAAUGGGGAGUGCCACUGUAAGCCAGGCUGGGGAGGGCUCCACUGCGAGCUGCCCAGGGCCCAGUGCCCAGACCAGUGCCACGGCCACGGGGCCUUCAUACCAGACACUGGGCUGUGCAGCUGUGACCCAAACUGGAUGGGACCCGACUGCUCUAUGGAAGUGUGCUCAGUUGACUGUGGGACCCAUGGGGUGUGCAUGGGCGGAGCGUGCCGCUGCGAGGAGGGCUGGACCGGCGCGGGCUGCGACCAGCGUGUGUGCAACCCGCUCUGCAUCAAACACGGAACCUGCAAGGACGGGAAGUGCCAGUGUCACCAGGGCUGGAACGGCGAGCACUGCACCAUCGACGGCUGUCCUAACUUGUGUAACGGGAACGGCCAGUGCACCAUGGGACAGCAGAGUUGGCAUUGUGAAUGCCAGACAGGCUGGAGGGGCCCUGGCUGCAGUGUUGCCAUGGAGACCUCCUGCGCUGACAACAAGGACAAUGAAGGAGAUGGACUAACGGACUGCAUGGACCCAGACUGCUGCAUCCAGAGUCCCUGUCAGAACAGCCCACUGUGUCGGGGCUCCCGGGACCCUCUCCAGGUCAUCCAACAGAGCACCACGUCGCAGUCCCGCGUCCGCUCCUUCUACGACCGAGUCAAGAUGCUUGUGGGACGGGACAGCACCCAUAUCCUCCCUGGGGAAAACCCGUUCAACUCCAGUUUGGCAUCUCUAAUCCGGGGUCAGGUGUUGACUACAGAUGGAACCCCUCUGGUGGGGGUGAACGUGUCUUUUGUCAACUAUCCCCACUACGGAUACACGCUGACACGGCAGGAUGGAAUGUUUGACCUGAUAGCUAACGGUGGUGCAUCACUGACUCUGCGGUUCGAGCGCGCCCCCUUCCUGAGCCAGGAGCGCACCGUGUGGCUGCCUUGGAGCCAGUUUUAUGCUAUGGACACUCUGGUGCUUAAGACAGAAGAGAACACGAUCCCGGGCUGUGACCUGAGCGGCUUCGUCAGGCCUGACCCUCUUGUGAUUGCAUCCCCUCUCUCCUCCUUCUUCAGCUCCAAGCCAGGGGAGAAACCCAUCAUACCGGAGACACAGGUGCUGCAUGAGCAGAUCGAGGUGCCCGGCACAAGUCUGAAGCUGUGCUACCUAAGCUCCAGGACGCAGGGUUACCGCUCCCUGCUCAAGGUGACCAUGACUCCAGCGGUGGUGUCCAUGGGCCUGCUGAAGGUUCACCUGAUGGUCGCAGUGGAGGGCCACCUCUUCCAGAAGUGGUUCCACGCAUCUCCCAACUUGGCCUACACCUACAUCUGGGAUAAGACCGAUGCAUAUGGGCAGAGGGUCUACGGGCUUUCUGAAGCUGUUGUGUCGGUGGGCUACGAGUAUGAGUCCUGUGCCAGCCUCAUCCUCUGGGAGAAGAGGACAGCCAUUCUACAAGGCUAUGAACUGGAUCCCACCAGUCUGGGCGGCUGGUCACUCGACAAGCAUCAUAUACUAAACACACGCAGUGGCAUCCUUCACAAGGGAAGUGGUGAGAACAUCUUUGUGACGGAGCAGCCCCCAGUAAUCACCAGCAUCAUGGGAAACGGCCGGAGGCGCAGCAUCUCCUGCCCCAGCUGUAACGGCCUGGCAGACGGCAACAAGCUGCUGGCACCGGUUGCCUUAGCGAUGGGCAUCGACGGCAGCCUCUACGUCGGGGACCUCAACUUUGUGCGCAGGGUCUACCCGUCCAUGAACACAACUGGCAUCCUGGAAUUAAGGAACAAAGAUUUCAGACACAGUAAUAACCCAACCCAUAAGUACUUCCUGGCAGUGGAUCCGGUAUCUGGGGCUUUGUUCAUCUCAGACACCAACUCCCGCAGAAUUUACCGCGUUCGCUCAUUAACGGGAGGCCGCCUGCUGUCAGACAAUGCAGAGGUGGUGGCUGGGACAGGGGAGCAGUGCCUGCCCUUUGAUGAGCGCUGCGGUGAUGGAGGCAAAGCCACUGAAGCUACACUUAUGAGCCCCAAAGGUAUCGCGGUGGAUAAAAAUGGGCUGAUGUACUUCGUGGAUGCCACCAUGAUCCGUAAGGUGGACCAGAACGGCAUCAUCUCCACCCUGCUGGGGGCCAACGAUCUGACUGCCGUACGGCCGCUGAGCUGUGACUCCAGCAUGGACGUCAGCCAGGUUCGUCUGGAGUGGCCCACGGACUUAGCAGUGAACCCCAUGGACAACUCUCUCUAUGUCCUGGAAAACAAUGUCAUCCUACGCAUCACAGAGAACCACCAGGUGAGCAUCAUCGCGGGUCGGCCCAUGCAUUGUCAAGUGCCAGGCAUUGACUACAGCCUCAGUAAGCUGGCCAUACACGCGGCCCUGGAGAGCGCCACAGCCAUCGCCUUGUCCCACACCGGCAUCCUCUACAUCGCUGAGACGGAUGAGAAAAAGAUCAACAGAGUUAGACAGGUGAGCACUAACGGAGAAAUCUCUCUCCUGGCUGGCACUCCCUCCGACUGCGACUGCAAGAAUGAUGUCAACUGCAACUGCUUCUACGGUGACGACGGCUACGCCCCCGACGCCGGAUUGAACUCCCCCACUUCCUUGGCUGUGUCCCCUGAUGGGACUCUCUUCAUCGCAGACCUCAACAACAUACGCAUCAGAGCGGUGCGAGCCAACCGGCCUGGCCCGGCCGUCUCAAGCGUCGGGUACGGGGGAUCUGCGCAGUAUGAAGUGGCAUCGCCAAGGGAACAGGAGCUGUAUGUCUUCAAUGGGGAGGGGCUUCACAUCCAGACAAUUAGCCUGGUGACUGGGGAGCCGCUUUACAACUUCACCUACGGUCCUGAUGGAGAGCUGGCCAUGCUGGUGGAUAACUGCAACAACACAGUGAAGGUGAGAAGGGACGGCCUGGGCCAGGGAGGAGGAUCCGGCCUACUCAGACUGGUGCUGCUGCCCGAGAAUCAGGUGGUGACUCUGGGACUGGACCCCACCGGAGGGCUGCGCAGUGUGUCAGCCCUGGGCCAGGAGGUGGCUCUGAUGGGCUACAGUGGCAACACGGGCCUCCUGGCUACCAAAGCUGAUGAGACUGGAUGGACCACAUUCUACCAGUACGACAGCGAGGGUCGCCUGACCAAUGUGACAUACCCCACGGGCAUGGUGACAAGCCUGCACCGCGAGAUUGAACGCUCCAUCAACAUCGACAUCGAGAGCUCCAGCAGGGAUGAUGAUGUCACUGUCAUCACCAACCUGUCCUCUGUGGAAGCCUCGUACACCGUGGUGCAAGACCAGGUGAGGAACAGCUACCAGCUGUGCAACAACGGGACCCUGAGAGUGAUGUACGCCAACGGCAUGGGCAUCAGCUUUCACACCGAGCCCCACAUCCUGGCAGGCUCUGUCAGCCCGACGAUCGGCCGCAGGAACAUCACCCUGCCCACUGACAACGGCCUCAACUCCAUCGAAUGGCGUCUGCGCAAGGAGCAGACGAAGGGCAAGGUCACUGUGUUUGGGAGGAAGCUGAGAGCUCAUGGCCGCAAUCUUCUCUCCAUUGACUUUGACCGCAACACCCGCACAGAGAAGAUUUACGACGACCACAGAAAGUUCACGCUGCGCAUCAUGUACGACGCUCAGGGCCGGCCUGCUAUGUGGUUGCCCAGCAGCAGCCUGGCUGUGGUCAACGUGUCGUAUUCUACCACUGGACAGCUUGUUGGGCUGCAGAGGGGGAGCAUGAGCGAGAGGACCGAAUUCGACCCUCAGGGACGCAUCCUGUCUCGUUCUUUCGUGGACGGGAAGGUGUGGAGCUACAGCUACCUUGACAAAUCUAUGGUGCUGCUCCUGCAGAGCCAGAGACAGUACGUCUUUGAGUUUGAUGCCUCGGGUCGGGUCACAGCCGUCACGAUGCCCAGUGUGGCCCGCCACACCAUGUUCACGCACGUGUCAGUCGGCUACAUCCGCAACACCUACAACCCCCCAGAGAGCAACGCCUCCAUCAUCCACGACUUCAACGAGGACGGCAGACCUCAGGCCACGCAUUACCUGGGCACCGGCCGCCGCGUCCUCUACAAGUACGGCAAGCUGGCGAAGCUGUCGGAGAUUGUGUACGACAGCACCGCCGUCACUUUCGGCUACGACGAGACAGCUGGUGUGCUGAAGAUGGUCAACCUGCAGAGCGGGGGCUUCUCCUGCACCAUCCGCUAUCGCAAAAUGGGCCCGCUCAUCGACAAGCAAAUCUACCGCUUCAGCGAGGAGGGGAUGGUGAACGCUAGGUUCGACUACACCUACCAUGACAACAGCUUCCGCAUCGCCAGCAUGAAGCCGGUCAUCAGUGAGACGCCGCUGCCUGUCGACCUCUACCGAUACGACGAGAUCUCUGGAAAGGUGGAGCACUUUGGAAAGUUCGGGGUAAUUUACUAUGACAUCAAUCAGAUCAUCACCACAGCCGUGAUGACGCUGAGCAAGCACUUCGACACCCACGGUCGCAUCAAGGAGGUCCAGUACGAGAUCUUCCGUUCGCUUAUGUACUGGAUGACAGUGCAGUACGACAGCAUGGGACGGGUGGUGAAGAGAGAGCUCAAAAUUGGGCCCUACGCCAACACCACUCAGUACCGCUAUGACUAUGACGGCGAUGGACAGCUCAGUGGCGUCAAGGUGAAUGACUGGUCUACCUGGCGCUACAGCUACGACCUGAACGGUAACCUCCAUCUGCUGAACCCAGGGAACAGCGCCCGCAUCUUGCCGCUCCGAUAUGACCUCAGAGACCGCAUCACGCGCCUGGGAGACGUCCAGUACCGCCUGGAUGAGGACGGCUUCCUCAGCCAGCGUGGCACAGAUGUUUUUGACUACAACUCCAAAGGUCAGCUGCUGAGGGCCUACAAUCGAGGCCCCGGCGGCUGGAGCGUUGUGUAUCAUUAUGACGGGCUGGGCCGCAGGGUGUCCACGAGGAACAGCCUGGGACAGCACCUUCAGUUCUUCUACGCUGACCUCAACCACCCAACCAGGGUCACACACAUCUUCAACCACUCCAGCUCGGACAUCUCGUCGCUCUACUAUGACCUGCAGGGACAUUUGUUCGCCAUGGAGGUGAGCAGUGGGGAGGAAUACUACAUCGCCUCUGACAACACUGGCACACCGCUGGCUGUCUUCAGCAGCAAUGGACAGAUGAUCAAACAGGUGCAGUACACAGCCUACGGAGAAGUGUACCUGGACUCCAACCCAGAGUUCCAGCUGGUGGUUGGUUUCCACGGUGGGCUCUACGACCCUUUGACUAAGCUGGUCCACUUCACCCAGCGGGACUAUGACGUCUUGGCAGGGCGCUGGACCUCGCCCGACUACAGCAUCUGGCCCAAGAUAGGGAAGGAUCCCUCUCCGUUUAAUCUGUACAUGUUCAAGAACAACAAUCCCCUCAGUGACAUGCUGGAUGUCAAGAAUUAUGUCACAGAUGUGAAGAGCUGGCUGGUGAUGUUUGGCUUCCAGCUUAGUAACAUAAUCCCAGGCUUCCCUCGACACUCGCUCUACUUUGUGGAGCCACCGUAUGAGCUGCAGGCCACCCAGCACUGUGAGAACGGACAGCUCAUCACUGGUGUGCAGCAGGCAGCAGAGCGUCACAACCAGGCCUUCAUGGCCCUGGAGGGUCGUCUCCUCAACAAGGAACGCCGAAGGCGCAAGGACAAGCCCGGGCACUGGUUCGGCACCAGCACCCCCAUAAUAGGCCGAGGAGUAAUGCUGGCUCUGAAGGAAGGCCGAGUGGUGGCCGGUGUGUCGGCUUUGGCCAGCGACGACAGCCGUAAAGUGGCUCUGGUGCUCAAUGGCGCCCAGUACCUCGAAGGCACCCAUUACACCCAGGACGGAAAGGACUGUCACUACUUCGUGAAGGUGGGCUCUGCUGACAGCGACCUGUUGGCCCUGGGGCUUACCAACGGACGCAAGUCACUGGAGAGCGGCAUCAAUGUGACGGUGAGUGGGCGCUCGAGGAGAGGAGUGACUGUGGAGUUUGCGGUUCCGUCGUUAGUACUGAGCGUUCGGUACGGGCUCGCUGUGGACGUGGUGGAUGAAGAGAAGGUAAGACUGUUGGAGCUGGCCAGGCAGAGAGCCUUAGCUGGGGCCUGGGCCAAGGAACAGCAGAGGGCCAGGGACGGCAAGGGAGGCAGUCGCCUCUGGACGGAGGGGGAGAGACAGCAGCUCCUAACGACAGGUAGAGUACAAGGCUACGAUGGCUACUACGUACUGCCUGUGGAGCAAUAUCCCGAACUGGCUGACAGCAGCAACAACAUCCAGUUCCUCAGACAAAACGAGAUGGGAAAGAGGUAACAGCCCACAUGAACUUGCUCGAAGGGCAGACUCUUCCCUCUCUCCCACUUUCACUUCUCUAGAUCCUGCUCCUUUUUUUCCUACCCAGCCUCCUC